UCGAAGAAGAAUGAAAAGAAUGUAGCUGAAUUCCUUAUGUGUGCUAACGGAGCAUUUUGCCACAGGCUACAUCGUAUUGAAAAUCCUACGCCUGUUUUUAAGGAUAAACUUACACGAGAGGACUCAUUACACACUGUUUGGAUGUUUAACCAAAGACCAGCAUCCUGUUUGAGGAGAUUUGACAUGAAGUUAGCAUAAGUUAGCUGCUAGAUCUGUAGAAGACUGACGGAGCUCUGCCACACAGGCCUGAAGGAGAAAGAGACCAAAGACGGCAUUUUUGCUCAGUGAUCGGGGAUCAGGAUUUUGUGAAAAUGUUUAAAGUUCACAUGAUGAGAUCUUAUGUGAACCACAGGCUCAGUGCGGCUGUUAAUGAGGUUUUUGAGCUGUUUGAAAGGACGAUAGCAGAGUACGAGCAACAGCUCAGUCGAUCCAAAGAAGAAAACGACCGAAAACAGAAACUUCUGGACGCUGUCAUGAACCCCGAAGUCCCUUUACCCCGACCAGUGUCCUCAGACGUCCAGCAGGUGGUGGUGAGAGAAGAGGAAGUUCUCCUUGAGCAGCAGGAGAGGAUUUCCAGUCUGAGCCAGGAGGAGCCACCAGAACCCGCACACAUUAAAGUGGAACAGGACGACCCGUGGAGCAGUCAGGAGCGAGAGCAGCUGCAAAGACCUCAGGAGGCUGAUAUCAGUGUGUUCCCAUCCUAUUAUCCUGUGAUGAGGGAUGGGAAUGAUGGAGAGAGACCUCAGUCCUCACAGUUUUGUCAAACACAAAAUGAACCGAGCAGAUACACUGAGCAUUUUAAAACAGAAGUCACUGAGGAGGACUGUAGGGGGUCAGAAGCAGACUUUAAUCCAGACAGAUAUUUGCAGCCAAUCACUCCUGAUGAGACUUCAAACCUUUCUAUUUCUGAUGCUGAUGACAGCUUUGACUGGGAGGAGGGUGACGAAACUCAACAACAACAGCAGGAACACAAAGGAGUCAAUACAGAGGAGAAACCAUUUAAAUGCAUAAAUUGUGACAAAUGUUACCAAACUAGGAGAAGUUUAAAAAUCCACAUGCAACGGCAUUCAGUAGAAAAACCUUUCAGCUGCUCGGUUUGUCAGAAAAGUUUCCUCUGGAAAGCAGAGAUGGAGAUGCACAUGAGAGUUCACACAGGAGAAAAACCCUUCUGUUGUUCUUUUUGUGGUAAAAGAUUUGCAGUACAAGGGAACCUGAGGCAACACUUGACUGUCCACACAGGGGAGAAACCAUUUGGUUGCAAUGUUUGUGACCGAAAAUUCAGUAAGCUGGUGUAUGUGAAAAACCACAAGUGUAAAGCAUUAAUAAAUAAAUAAAGCCUUAAAGUACCUGACAGACCUGACCUUUAAAGUACACCGGCACCAUGUAACAUGCUGUUUAAAACUGUGAUUUUAAAGUGUAAUAACUUUACUUUUUCUAGUAUUUGUAGUGAACCGGUGGUCCCUAUGUUUCACAAUUCUCCACUCAUGUAUUUGUAUUCAAUUAAACUGUUGAUUGAUUUAUAGUUACCCUAUGAUGGCUUUAGUUUUUAUGCCUGUCCAUACUCAGAUGCCUCAUUUGACAAUAUAGAAGCCUAGGUUCCUAAAAUCAUUCUAAAAGUUGGCUCAUGUGACUUUAAUCAUGUGGAUCAGGAUUAGGUUGAUCUGUGUAACUGUUCUGUGAUUUACAUCUGUACUUUGUUAAUCAUGCUACUUCCUGUCUUUGCCAGGACUCUGGUAAAUGUGAUUCAUUAUCUCAAUGAGGUUUACCUGUUUAAAUAUAUUUUAUACACAAUCUGUUUUUAUUUAUUCUGUGAUUAGUUUGUAGCUUUAAUGCGAUAUUUGUGCCAUAAUAUUAAACAGUCUGUCAACUUUU